AGCAGAGUAUGUUUGACUGUCGUAGAGACUUGGUCAAGAGAAAAGUCGAAACCCAGUUGAAACAGUCAUUCAAAAGGGACUGAAGCCAAGCGACAAUGGGCGCCAACCCCACCGAUCGCUUUGCAGCUGUUGAAGGCUGUUGACUGGCCGUUUUAUGCAGAUCUACUCUCUCCUCCAAAGAGUUCAAAACACUUGUUUUCGAGAUCUCAUUUUCACCCGGGAAAACCUUUUUAGAUCGUACCAGGUGUCAAGAAGACAAGGAAUUAACACCAUGCCAGUAACAGUAGCAUCAAGACCGACAGUCACAGCAGUGGAUCCUAGGCAGUUCAGGUUCAUCGACAUCGCCGUCAACCUCACCGAUCCCGUCUUUCGGGGAUUCCAUCAUGGCAGGCAGAAACACGAUGAUGACCUUGAAGCCAUGUUGGAACGUUGCAAGGCAGCCGGAGUCCGAUCUAUGAUCAUUACCGGAGGUAGCCUACAUGAAUCAAAAGAAUCUCUGGAGCUUGCAAAGCAGCACAAUUUUUACGCGACUGUAGGAUGCCAUCCAACGCGAUCGAAGCAAUUUGAUCAGUUUAAAAGUGGGCCAGAAGGCUACCUUCAAGAACUAGACAAGGUGAUAGAGCAGAAUCUCAGCGGGAAAGGAAGAGCUGUAGCCGUCGGCGAAUGCGGUCUCGACUACGAUCGGACUCAUUUCGCGUCCCCCGAGACCCAGCGUACACAUUUCCGUUCUCAGCUCUCACUAGCCAAAAAGUAUCACUUGCCACUUUUUCUUCAUUCUCGCGCAGCGCAUGCGGACUUCGUGAAGAUCCUUAGAGAGGAAGGCUUUGGUGAGGACGGAGGAAAGGCAGUAGGAGGGAAAGGUGGAGUCGUACAUAGUUUCACCGGACCACCAGAGGAAGCGAUUGAACUUAUGGAUAUGGGCUUUCACAUAGGAGUCAAUGGCUGCUCAAUGAAGACCACGGAAAAUCUCGCUGCCGUUCGAGCCAUUCGACCUGAGAAGAUCAUGUUCGAAACAGACGCUCCAUGGUGCUCGCUUACUUCCACACAUGCAUCGAAGGCCCAUUUGAACUCCCUCCCCCCUUCGCUUAAUUCACUAUACUUUCCGCCUGCGACGAAGCCAGAGUCUUUCAUGUAUGGAAAGCCAGUAAAAGGACGCAAUGAACCCACGGCUAUCGGAGGCGUUGCUUGGGUGGUGCAUAAGCUCAAUGAGGGCGUACCGUUUGAGAAAGUGACUGAGAAGGCAUGGAAGAACACGGUCGAGGUCUUUGGUUUGGAAGAGCUCAACGCGUAGUUGACUGGUGAUUGGUAUCCGAUCGGGAUCGAUCACUCGAUCGCGUUUGCGUUCGUGCACGUGCUGACGGUCUACAUUUCGAGAAAUCGCAUUUCCUUUCCCUCCUUUGGUGAUGCUUCCUAAUCGCGUCCGAGUCGCUCCUUUGCUCUUCACAACCAACCGCCUUCUCAGGGUCUAGGAAUCAUGUCCGCUUCAUCCGUACGUACCUAUUAGUCUUCGGGCGUGUAACGUAUCUGCUUCAGGUACUUCCCAAACUAUGUCUACAUCUUGGAGUC